UCUCGUGGAGGCAGCUAGCGCGAGGCUGGCGAGCUCUGAGCCUCGCGUCGUGCCCUGCGCUGCCCAGACUAGCGAACAAUACAGUCAGGAUGGCUAAAGGUGAUCCCAAGAAGCCAAAGGGCAAGAUGUCUGCUUAUGCCUUCUUUGUGCAGACAUGCAGAGAGGAACAUAAGAAGAAAAACCCAGAGGUUCCUGUCAAUUUUGCAGAAUUUUCCAAGAAGUGCUCUGAGAGGUGGAAGACAAUGUCGGGGAAAGAGAAAUCUAAAUUUGAUGAGAUGGCAAAAGCAGAUAAAGUACGCUAUGAUCGGGAAAUGAAGGAUUAUGGGCCAGCUAAAGGAGGCAAGAAGAAGAAGGACCCCAAUGCCCCCAAAAGGCCACCGUCUGGAUUCUUCCUAUUCUGUUCAGAAUUCCGCCCCAAGAUCAAAUCCACAAACCCUGGCAUCUCUAUUGGAGAUGUGGCAAAGAAGCUGGAAGAGAUGUGGAAUAACUUAAGUGACAGUGAAAAGCAGCCUUACAACAAUAAGGCUGCAAAGCUGAAGGAGAAGUAUGAGAAGGAUGUUGCUGACUAUAAGUCUAAAGGAAAAUUUGAUGGUGCAAAGGGUCCCGCUAAAGUUGCUCGGAAAAAGGUGGAAGAGGAAGACGAAGAAGAUGAGGAGGAAGAAGAGGAAGAAGAAGAGGAGGAGGAGGAGGAGGAGGAUGAAUAAAAAAACUGUUUAUCUGUCUCCUUGUGAAUACCUUAGAGUAGGGGAGUGCCGUAAUUGACACAGCUCUUAUUUGAGAGGUGUCUGUUGCCCUCGUUAGGAUUAAUUACACAAUUGGAUCAUGAUCAUAUGUAGUCUUUCAAAGUGCUCUAGAAAUUGUCAGUGGUUUACAUGAAGUGGUAAUGGGUGUCUGGAGCACCCUGAAACUGUAUCAAAGUUGUACAUAUUUCCAAACAUUUUUAAAAUGAAAAGGCUCUCAUGUUCUCCUCACUCUGUGCACUUUGCUGUUGGUAUGACAAGGCAUUUAAAGAUGUUCCUGGCAUUUUCUUUUUUUAAUCUGUAAGGUGGUGUUAACUAUAUGGUUAUGGGCUAGAAAUCCUGAGUUAUCAACUGUACAUAUCUAUAGUUUGUAAAAAGAACAAAACAACCAAGACAAGCUCUUGAUGCUCUUUGCUUGGCGUUGAGGCUGUGGGGAAGAUGCCUUUUGGAGGGGCUGUAGCUCAGGGCAUGCACUGAGGCUGGACCUGUGGAUACUGCAGUGGGCAUCCAUUUAGCUUCAGGUUGUUUUGUUUUUGUAUAUAGUGACAUAGCAUUCUGCCGUUUUUAGCUGUGGAA